AUGAAGGCAGGGCGGUGCAAGGAGAGGCCAGAGCUCGCCCGCUUGGGGCGGGGGGUGGGGGGGUGUCCAACCCCUGGGGACCGUGGCCACCCCCGUGUCCCCCUCGUAGGCGCCUUCCUGGUGCACGUGGCCAGCUCCUGCCCGUUGGCAGCCAACGGUUCCGCCGUGGCCUUCGACUUCACCCUCAUCUUCAACAAGAACCCGCUGGUCUGCUAUCACCCCGACGCCCGGCGCUUCCUCCCCUGCGACUGGGGGCUGCUCCACGGCUUCGCCACCUUGGUGGCCGCCAUCCUCAACAACGGCACCGCCUGGGCGCAGCGUGCCGAAGCCUGGCGAUGGGCUUGCCGCGACCUGGCCACCCACUUCUGGGCCUCCACGGCGCUGCGGCGGACGCCACCCCAAGUCCGCAUCGUCCCCGUCCCCCUCGCCAACGCCCCCGACUCCGUCCUCCUCACCUGCCACGUCUGGGGCUUCUACCCCCCCGAGGUGACCGUCAUCUGGCUGCACAACGGGGACAUCGUGGCCACUGGUGACACGGCCAAGAUCCUGCCCAACGGUGACUGGACCUACCAGACGCAGGUGACCCUGAGGGUCACCGCCAAGGUUGGGGACACCUUCACGUGCUCGGUGCAGCACGCCAGUCUGGACCGGCACCUCCGGAAGAACUGGGGUCCCGGCUUGUCCCCGGGGUUGACGGCGAAGGUGGUGGCGGCGGCGGUGAUAAUGACGCUGGGGCUGGUGGUCUUUGCCGCUGGCACCUUCUGCUACUUCCACCAGGCUCCCGAUUUGGUCACAGUACUGAUCGUGGUCCUGGUCCCGGAUCUGGUCCCUGUCCCCGUCCUGGUCCCUCUGUGGCCACGUGUGACCACGUAG